AUGUCAGAACUGAUGAAUGUAUCCUACGGAGAUGUAGGUCAUCAUUUUCAUCAUCAUCCUUCAACAACAACACGGUCACCAUCAUCGUACAACGAUAUCAUCAGCAACAGCUCGAUCGCAACAGCAGCAACAACAACAACAACAACAGACGCAUCAUCAUCAUCAUCAUCUGUGGCUACUGUUAUGACAAACCACCACCAUCAUAGCAGUAGUGAAGAUGACUAUGACUGCCCACACGAGGACGAGGACGAGGAGGAUGCUCAUCAGCAAAGCAUAAAGAGCAGAAAAAUAAACAAAAAUAUUAAGGGUCACACAUCUGCAACAACGAGCGGGGAUCGAGAACGUGUCUUUGUAUGCAUAUUAUGUGAGCGCGCGUUUUCGAGAAAAGAGCAUGCGAAACGACAUUGCGGCAAACCGAAAUGUAUCAAGCGCUUUAUCGAGCUUGCCGUGGAGGAAUCGGCAGCGUUGGAUGCCGAAAGUAGUGGUGGGACUUUUAGUAGUAGUAGUAGUAGUAGCAGUAAUAAUGAUGACGACGACGACGAAAAAGAUCAACAUCACCAUCACUAUCAUCAUCAGUACAAUCAUCAUCCAGCAAUCGUGUUAGGGGCAAUUUCUUGCUCUUCUACGCCUUGA